AUGUAUCUGUCAGCUGUGAAGGACACGGACAUGGAUGAAGACUUUGACGCUGUCUAUAUCAACACAGAGACUCUUCAGAAGAAUGGCCAUCAUGAUAACAUCUACGAAUCUCUUCACCUGAACGCCGGAGUCCUAAAUACAGGUGUUAAAAAGGAGAAGAAGAGGACGCCUCCCAAGCGACUAUUUUUAGCGACUCUGGGGCUGCUGUAUGUUCUCCUCAUAGUUGGAAUCAUCGUGAUACACACCAUCGAGGCUUUCUCAUCCAACUUUACGGCGCAGAGGGACGGCUUCCUGACCAGCUAUCAGAACCUGACUCAGGAGAGAGACCGUUUGCUCGUCCAGGCCGGCAAGUUAGGCGAGGAGAAGCAGUCACUCGCCGAAAAACUCGAGGAGUUGCAGUGCAAUUACACAAGGCUACUUUUAAAAGACAGCGAGAAAUGGCAGAGGCAUUUGUCUUCUGAGUACUAUGUUGCUUCUGGAUUCAAAGACUGGAGCGAGAGCAGGAAGGAUUGUAAAGACAGGGGAGCAGACCUGGUGAUCGUCAACAGCUGGGAGGAACAGGUUUUUCUGAACAGUCUGAAGAGAGAUUCUGAGACGUUUUGGAUCGGACUCAGUGACCUUGACAUCGAAGGGCAGUGGAGAUGGGUGGACAAUACAGCUCUGAGUGAAAAGUACUGGAGAAAAGGGGAACCAAACGACAUAGGAAAGAACGAGGACUGUGCUGUUUUCAACAGUUCUCCUUUAGGACUUCCAAGCUGGAACGACCAGCCUUGCUCCAUCGCCAUAAACUGGAUCUGCGAACGUGAACUGCGUAGAGACACGGCAGUUGAGUGCAACAGUGACUAA